ACAGUUACUUGCCAACGGGGGCAACACUCAGCAACAGCACCAGCGGAGCAGCGGCAGCAGCAACCACUGGAAGUCAACGAGCGAGUAAGAGAAGGGAAAGAGCACAGCCAGGGCAGAACUUUUCUCAAGGCAAAGUCCCAGCAUGCAGAGCUCUGAGGGAGGGUCUGAUUCCACGUCCAACGUACCACUGCGUACGUCAACAUCUGCCCAGGCUCCUGUAGUACAGCCAGUCCCAGCCUCUCAGCAGAGGGUGCUGGUUCAAGCAACAAGCUUGGCUCAGAAGGGGACACAGGUACAGGAACUUUCAUCACCCAGGGUUCAGCAGGUCCCUCAGCAGGUUCAGCAGGUGCAGCAUGUCUACCCAUCCCAGGUCCAGUACAUAGGAGAAGGUGGCGAAACCAUUUACACAAAUGGAACUAUCCGAACAGCCUACUCCUACAACCCAGAAGGCCAGCUGUACGGACAGGGCAGUGGGGGUGCCUACUUUGAUUCGCAAGCUGGAGGGGGGGCACAGGUCACAACAGUGGUCUCCUCUGCCAGCAGUGGGGUGCCCCCUCACAGCAUGGUGGGCAUCGCCAUGGAUGUGGGCAGCAGCCAAAUCAUCUCCAGCAGCAGUACUUACCUGAUCCACGGAGGGGGCGUGGAUGGCGGUCGCUACCAUGUCUCCCAGUCUGCACGCUCCUCCUCGGCCAUGCUUGAAAUGGCGAUUGAAAACCUCCAUAAGUCUGAAGGAAUUGCAUCUCACAAAAGCAGCCUGCUCAACAGCCAUCUGCAGUGGCUGCUGGAUAACUAUGAGACGGCGGAAGGGGUGAGCCUUCCGAGGAGCUCCUUGUAUCACCACUAUCUGCGCCACUGCCAGGAGCAGAAACUGGACCCGGUCAACGCAGCCUCUUUUGGCAAACUCAUCCGCUCCGUCUUCAUGGGCCUCAGGACCCGCCGUCUCGGUACCAGAGGCAACUCCAAAUACCACUACUAUGGCAUCCGUGUGAAGCCAGAUUCACCACUCAACCGACUGCAGGAGGACUCUCAGUACAUGGCAAUGAGGCAGCAGCCUGUUCACCAGAAGCAAAGGUUCAAGCCCUUGCAAAAGGUGGACGGUAUGUCAUACAACCUCUCAGGAAGCUCGCAGCAUUCAGCCAGUACUCCAGAGCAGUCAGUAGCAGCUCAGAGCCAGCACCACCAACAGUACAUAGAUGUGUCCCAUGUUCUGCCUCCCUUUCCCUCACCUGACCUUGGUUCCCAGCCGCUGCCUGAGCACAUCAACAUGAAUGAUGUCAAGAAGCUGCAGACACUCUACAGGGACCACUGCGAGGCUACUCUGGAUGUGGUGAUGAAUCUCCAGUUCCACUACAUUGAAAAGCUCUGGCAAACCUUCUGGUAUUCAACACCGCCAUCUAGUGACGGAACCACCAACAUCCCCAGCAGUGAUGAUGAUCUGGACGGUGUGAUUCCCAGAGGGAAGCUAGUGGCCCUCUGUAAAUAUGAACCACUCAGAUUGUGGAUGAGGAGCUGUGAUCACAUCCUCUACCAGGCCCUGGUGGAAAUCCUCAUCCCUGAUGUGCUACGCCCCGUCCCCAGUACUCUCACUCAGGCCAUCCGUAACUUUGCCAAGAGUCUGGAGGGUUGGCUGACCACCGCCAUGAGUGACUUUCCACAAGAGAUCGUCCGCACUAAGGCGGCGGUGGUCAGUGCGUUCGCCCAGACGCUGCGGCGCUACACCAGUCUGAACCACCUGGCCCAAGCAGCUCGUGCAGUUCUCCAGAACACCUCCCAGAUCAACCAGAUGCUCUCUGACCUCAACCGGGUUGACUUCACAAAUGUCCAGGAGCAGGCAUCAUGGGUUUGCCAGUGCGAGGAGAGCGUCGUUCAGCGUUUGGAGCAGGACUUUAAGAUGACCCUGCAGCAGCAGAGCUCUCUGGACCAGUGGGCUGCCUGGCUGGACAAUGUGGUCUCCCAGGUCCUGAAACCCCACCAGGGAAGCCCCAGCUUCCCCAAGGCCGCACGCCAGUUCCUGCUGAAAUGGUCCUUCUACAGCUCCAUGGUUAUCAGAGACCUGACCCUGCGCAGUGCGGCCAGUUUCGGCUCUUUUCACCUCAUCCGGCUCCUCUAUGAUGAAUACAUGUUCUACCUGGUGGAACAUCGUGUCGCCCAGGCCACCGGAGAGACGCCCAUCGCUGUCAUGGGAGAGUUCAGUGACUUGAGCUCUAUGAUGCCAUCACUCAUGGACAAAGAUGCAUCCUUUUCUGAUGACAUGACUGACUUGGGCAGUGACGCGGAUGUCUCCAGAGGGCCCAGCGAGCCGGCUGUUAAGAGAGAAAGGAUCGAGAUCAACCACUCGUUGCAGGAGAUCUGAGCCUGGCCUGGACUGGAUCUCAGGCAGCAAGGUUAAAACCCAGCUGUACUGGCCUGUCUCCCUGCAGCUCUGUACAUCACGAGACCCAGCACACUCAGAAUGGUUCCCCAGCCGGAGUGUGCAAUGCACAUAGAGGCGAUGUCAGUCCCUCAACCAGUCCUUCUUUAGCUGGAGUGUAAAUAAAGAAAGUGAUCUUUCUCCCAGGGAAAAUGUAAUUCUCACCCACGAUGAGAGUCAAGUGUCUGUGGUUUUAACUUACUGGGAUGUAACACACAUCUUAUUUCUUUCCAUUUUUGUUGCAACUGUGAAUAAGAUUAGCUUUGUGCAGUAAGUUAGUUUGUAGCUUUGUGUGAUGUGUGCGUGUGUGAUGCGUGUGUGUGUGCGUGUGUGGUGUUAAUUUGGCUUUUUUGACUUAGUUGUGCCAUAGUUUCAUUUCAGUGCCUUAGAAUGCUAACUCUUUAACCACCACUACAGAUGUCUAUCUCUCCCUCAGCUGUGCCUCUACCGCAGUAUGAAUGUAUAGUCUCCGAACCUCAGACAUUUAAAGCACCUUUAAAAUUUGUUUAGGUGUAGGCGUGUACUUCUUGUUGCCUCUGCUGCAGUUUGCAGCAAAGAAAUGCACAUUCAUGCAACCCGCUGACCCAAAGGAUUUGUCCCUCAAUAUUUUCCACCAGCUCAGCCAUAGUUAUUGCUCCGGUAGUCAGUGGGGCUUUAUACUGAACAGCCUCACAGUAGUCUGGAAGGCAGGGAACUCUUACCAUCUUGGCCACGUAAGACGAUUGUUUACCUCAACACAACUUCUAUGCUCUUCUCCGUUUUCCUCAGAUGACAUGGCAAGUAUAAGAGUGUAGCUGCUGUUAUGGUUAGCACCUACCAUACAGUUAAUGUAUAUAGUUCCCCACACGGUUCACUCAUCCAAAUUAUAUCGAAAGUAUAUCAAUUGAGUGAUCGCUUGUAAUCUUAAGGAUGUGUUCAACAAGACCAAAUUUAGCGCCCCACAUGUGCAGAACUGUGCCAGUGUACUUGGCAACCACAGAGUUUGGGAUGAGCCCAGUUGCAUGCAGGUACAAAACAAGUUGAUCAACAACUUUAAUGGUCAGUACAUGUUAAAAGCCACUCACCCAACCGGAAGUGGGUUCAUCUCAUGGAGCCUGUUUAAUGGCUUGAGGCGAGUCUAUCCUCAGUUAUUAAAUGAAUAAACACAAAAUUAGAGCAUCGCACAUUUCAAACUACUCACAGAAAUGUAGGGUGCGGUUGGCAUCAACGUGCUCUCUAAAUUCACAUCCUUGAACCUCAUGAAUUUAACUCAUUUCAGAGUCUUGUUCUCAGUUUGGACUAGAUAAGAGAAAUUUAUUAGGUUCUAAGGAAUUUCUAUCCAUGACUGUAUUUUAAUGUCUACGAGUCCCAUCCUCCUAAUAAAUGGAAGUGUAAGCAGCUCCCAUAGAUGACUCGCUAUAUAUAGCCAUACAGGUGGACUAGAGGCCUACAUUUGUGACACCAAGAUACUGUUAAACUUCAUGAAUAUAUCCAUAUAGCUCUUUCUUUCUCUAUAUAGAUAUAUAUAUAGAUAGAUAUAAAAAAUGUUUAUGCUGUGGAAAGUGUUCUGUGGCCUUUGGAACUACUGUUGUUGCCUAUUUACUCCUCUCCUCAGUGUACAAGUCACGUAUUGAGGAAGAAAAUGUUUUGAUGUUUAAUUUAAUGGAUUAGACUGUGUGAUGAACAUUUUGUUUUUAAUCUCAAUAUUUCUGUCAGUUUGCGGUGCUGAUGCGCCUACAUUAUCUAUAAAAGCAGUCACGAGAAAUUUCUAUUUAUAUAAACUGAUUUGAUUGACAUUUGUGUUGAAAAUGGUUUAAUUUUUCCUCCCUUCUCACCCACUUCCUCUGAAAUGAUUUUGCUGUAGCUACGAGAAUCCUGAGCUCGAGUAAUUUAAGGCUUUUGUAACUUGUGCCUGUCACAGUAAUUUGCCUUUAAGUGGUUUGGGAAAGUAAUUUCUAUGUGUCCUUUGUAAUGUUUUUUGCAAUGCUGUUUAGACUUUUGGCUGAGGAUUAUUUUUUAUCGAACUAGAUUUGGUUCUUCUUACAAGUAUACUGAACCCUUAUUUUUGUGCAUUUUUAAACCUGUUCUUGACUACACUUUACCUAGCCUGAGGGCAGACACCGGUCUGUAACAAACUGCAUAGUUCAACUGUAUUUUGUACCUGGUCGAAAUGUGUAAUAAACUGGUGUAAA